UGUGUAAAAGGUUUAUUAUCACAUUGUAUGAUUAUAAUUUAUAGAUCAAAUACCUUCUCUUUAAUCCACUUAUGCGAAAAAUAACAAACAUUUGUGUGUUUUAGAGUACUUUAGUGUCACAGUGUUAGGUCAUGGCUGGCCACGUACGUUUUAGCCGCUCGGCGAGGAAUGGAGCUGGUAAACAGUUCUCCCCGGCGUGUCUUCAGUACUUCAGAGUAAUUGUUCUCAUUUUGAACCGUAAGCCGAUUUUUGCGCCAGUAGCAGGAUUUAACUUCCACCCAGCAUGGAUGAAAACACUUUGAAGCUGCUGGUGAAGUUCACUCAGGACGGACAGUUAGCCUCUCUGGAGAAACACAUAACAUUAGGCGGCUCGGCUGCGGCGCAAACUAUCCGUAGCAAACACUACGGCAAGUCCGGAGACACCUUGCUGCACUACGCUGCUAGGCAUGGACAUUUGGACAUUGUGGAGUAUCUAAUAAAGCGGGUUGGCAUGGAUGUAGAGGUGUACAACAGCGACUACAAGAGGCCGCUGCACGAAGCUGCCUCCAUGAGCAAUAAAGAAUGUGUAAGCUACCUGCUCCGGGAAGGUGCCAAGGUGGACAGCCUGAAGAAGGCUGACUGGACUCCUCUGAUGAUGGCAUGCACUCGGAGGAAUCUGGACAUCAUCCAGGAGCUGCUUUGCCACGAUGCCGACCUCGCACUGAAAAACAAGGACGGCUGGAACUCCUUCCACAUCGCCUGCAGAGAAGGAGAUCCUGUGGUCAUACAGCACCUGCUACUUGUUGCACCAGACGUCUGGAGGACGGAGAGCAAGACACACAGGACGCCACUGCACACUGCAGCAAUGCAUGGGUGUGAGGAGGUUGUUAGGAUCUUGCUGGACAGAUGUGGCUACACACCAGACAGCACUGACAGCUGUGGAGUCACUCCUUUCAUGGAUGCCAUCAGGAAUGGACACAUUUCUGUGGCCAGGCUUCUUUUAGACAAGCACCAGGCGUCUCCAACAGCUGCCGACAUACUCGGGGCUCAGCCGGUGCACCAGGUAGCCGUCACUGGCCAGGAUGAGGCUCUGCGCUUUCUGGUGAAGGACUUGAAUGUAGAUGUGAACCAGAGGGCGACCAGCAUCCAGCUCACUGCCCUGCAUUACGCUGCAAAGGAGGGCCACACCUCCACUAUAAAAACACUGGUGGAGCUGGGAGCUGAUGCUCAUGCUCGGGACAAAAAAGGAAGGACUGCUCUUCACAUGGCAGGCAUUGGGCAGCACGCAGAAGCAGCCCGGAUGCUCCUGCAGCUCGGGCUCAAAGAUUCCGAGGAUCAAUCUGGAACAACCGCAAGGCAGCUCUCCAGGAAACCUGAUGUAGUACAAGUGUUUGAAUGUAACCUGCCAGAGAAAUCAUAAACAAUGCUGUUGUGACUCUAAACACACGUAU